GUGGGUUUUAAUAAAUACACAAAUGUGUAUUCUUUAAAAAAAUUUAAUAAAAUAAGCUGAACAAAGUUGAAUCGCUAAAUCGUUUAAUCUUCAAUCAACUGUUAAAUGCCUUUAAGGACACUAUACAACAUGGCUCAAAAUAAACCUUUGGUGCAGAAGCUGUUAGCUUCCUCGUAUACAGCAGCCACUAAAGCUGGCAAAAUAAUCAGAGAUAUUAUGAGCGCUGGUGAAUUGGGAAUUGUCGAAAAAGGUAUAAAUGACCUUCAAACGGAAGCCGACAGAUCUGCACAGUGUUGCAUAAUUUCCAAUUUGACUAGGGAGUUCCCUAAAGUCACUAUUAUAGGGGAGGAAGGACAAAGUCAGUGUGAUUUGCCCAGUGAUUGGGUUGUUCCUGAUGGAGAUGCAGAAAUAUUAGGGAAACAAUGUCCAGAAGAAUAUUUGAAUGUUAAGGAUGAAGAUAUAGUAGUAUGGGUUGAUCCCUUGGAUGGUACAUCUGAAUACACCCAGGGUUUGUUGGACCAUGUUACAGUUCUUAUAGGACUUUCAGUUAAAGGGAGAGCUGUAGGUGGUAUUAUCCACCAACCCUAUUACAACUAUAAAUCAGUUAAAAACACUGAGGGUCGCACAAUGUGGGGUUUAGUGGGUAUGGGAGUAGGUGGUUUUACUCCUUUAGAUGCUCCAAAAGAUAAAUUAAUAAUUACUACCACUAGGUCUCACAAUUCCCCUGUAGUAGUUCAAACUUUGGAGGCCCUUAAACCUGAUGAGGUUGUAAGGGUUGGAGGUGCAGGACAUAAGGUGCUCCUUGUUUUGGAAGGUCAAGCCCAUGCGUAUCUUUAUCCAAGCAGCGGUUGCAAAAAGUGGGACACCUGCGCCCCAGAAGGUAUACUUGAAGCAGCAGGAGGCAAGUUAGUUGAUGUCCAUGGUGAUCACUACGACUACCAUAAGGAAGUGGAGCACCCCAACACCAGAGGCAUUCUGGCCACAAACAGAACUGUCGACAACGCUGCUUUAUUAAAGAAAAUACCUGAAAGCGUUGUAAGCAAGUUUCCAAAAAAACAAAAAGUGUGAUUCUUUUAUAUCAAUUUUAAUUAUGUUAAUAAUAAAUAAACUAA